AAAGAGAGAAGGAAAGAAGGAAAGAAAGAAGAGAGUGCGAAAGCAAAGAGUCGGGAGAGAGAGACUGAGGCAGUGGGAGAGUGUGGUGUACCUACCGCCCUUACAAUACCAAUACCUCACCAUAACAGAGCACUCCCGAUCGCUCAUCGACCCCCUCGCUUCACUACCGCGACUCACCUCACUCCGACAACUUCUCCUGCGCGCCGUUCCUACAGAUCCUCCGCCAUCGACGGAACCGGUCAAUCUCGACAUUUCACGAGCCGUCUUUGACCCCUACGUCGAUGGCCGCCUCGAGAGACGGCUUGCCAUACGGCUCCAGAUGGGGCUUUCGCACUCCAUCGCCCGAUUUUGCGCGCACCGCCGUCGAGCCCCUCUCACCGCCUGCCGCUACUCCCGCUUUCGCCGCGAGAUCCUCUUCGUUCUCGAACCCCAACUAUCCCCCGCCGCCGACCACCUACUCCUCCUACAGCCCGCAGUAUCCGCCUGUUUCGCGGAGCUCGCGCGAUCCCGAGCCUGCCUUCCACCACCCUUCACCAAGAGCCCCUUCACCUGCUCCGAAUCCCUAUAACCACCACGGCUAUAGUUUCGCUCCGCCAAACUACAAGCUGCUACCGAAAGCGGCACCGAAUCCCCUCGAUGCUCUCGCCGACAUCGCGCUCAUGCACGGCGCUGGUCGUCUCCCAUCGGGCCCCACAUACAACCCCCCGCCACUGCUGUUCCCAACGAUGGCAUCACCAUCGCCCCCGGUAGCCACGGCAGUAAUGGUCUCCCCUUCCCCCUCCUGGCAGCGGCCGGAUUCCGCGCUACCCCCGACUAUGCCGACAAGCAAGAUAUCGAUGGAGCGGAUCAUCCCGCACGCGAAGCCUGCACACGAGCACAACUUUGGUCCUAUCGGUCAGGAGAGACGCUCCGUCUCAGGCGGACGGGAACGUAGGAAUUCUGCUAUCGCGGAUGCGCCUUUGUCUCCUCCUUCACCGGCCGCCGUGCGACUACUCCCGAUGAAGUCCAGGCUUCCACUGCCGGAUCUGCCCCGGGCUGUGAUGGAACCGCUACCUGUUAUGGAACCGCUAUCUGCAAGGCUGCUGCCUUCAGUGAUCAUGAUGUCUGAGCCAGCUCCGCCAGCAGAAAUCCAGCUACCACAGCCAGGGCCGACGCCCGAAGAACUGCGAUCGCGAUACCCGUGGAUUAAUGCCUCCCCGGUGGACAUGUAUAUGGACUCAUCGAACGAUGGGGAAGAUGACGAGGAUGGGUUCAGCAUUGCAGUGAUGCGUCCAGGGGACAUGUCCAAGGCAUUCGCCCAGUAUUAUGAGACUCCCGCGGAAGGUUUUCUGGACGUCGAUGUUGGCAAGUCCAAAACUACGUCUCUUCCGACUCCAAGCCAGGACGAUCAUGUCAUUGGCAGUCCUUCCGACGUGGUUAUGGAAGAUGUAGAUGAGGCGCCUCGAGUCAAUGAUUCGGCCGCCAAUUUUACCCCAGAAAUCGCUGAGGAUGAGAGUCCCGCAGAGGUAGCCGCGGUCGUCGAGGACGUGGCAACAGUCAAUACAGAAGCUGGGGAAUUGAUGGAGGUGGAUGAGAAAAUGGCAACCGACCCACCUGCUGUGGAUGCGACCUCUACGGAGCCGGACAGCAAUUACGGUACCCUCCUUUCAAGCAAGGUGCCGCCGGAAAGCAAGCCGGACUUGCCUCAGCCACUACCAUCUGCCUCGGACGAAUCCCUCGAUGUUGUUGAUCCAAUGGUUAUCGAUCAGGAUGUUGGUGACUCUGCAAAACACACGGCUACAGCCGGUGUUGAAGCAUCUGUCCCAACUGCAACUCCUGUUCCGGAUGAGGAAAUCUUGCGAAAUCGUCGCUCUUCGAGUCGCCUACUUAAAUCGUCCGAGCCAAAGAAAAAUAGCCGGAAACCGAAAGAAAAGUCCGUCCCGGAGCACGUCGGUGCUGCGUCUGGUGCGCAGCGUUCCGACAACGAAGAGGAUUGCCAAACCUGCAAAGUCCAUUAUUCGGAAGACGAUGGACGUAACGGUGCAUGGAUUGGCUGCGAUGGCUGUAAGGGUUGGCAUCACGCGCGUUGCGUCAAGCUUGAUCAAGCGGCCGUAGACAAGAUUGAUAAGUUCUAUUGCGUCUCGUGCGAACCAACGCAUGGCAAAUCUACUUUGAAACGAUCCUCUGGCAGAGCACGCACGGCAAUCGACUAUGAAGCUCUGCACCAUGGUUCUUCAGCACCAGUCAAGAAUCCGGAUGAUGCUAGGAUACAUCCAUACAUUCGCAAGAUCCUUGAUAAAGGCCACCCCUUCGCCGAAGACAAUCUCAAGCGCCUCAGGCCCGAGCUAGUCACCGCCGCGGUGAUAGACAGCAACGACGCUGCCUCAUGGAAGGAGCCGUUUAUCGUCCCGGCAAAGUGGAACCCGACGCCGUGGCACAAUGACCCCAAGGCUGCUCCGUCUGCGAGUCUAACGCCGGUCUCUCCUGGCACUUCUGUGCCUCCACCACCUCCCGCUCCCGCCAACGGCACGAAAACGAGAUUGGGCUCACCUGCUAGCAAGUCUCGUCAAUCGCUGGAUUUCGACGAACCUAUCCAAUGGGCACGGAGGGAAGACGCAGACGCGUUGGACAUGAGGAUUCCAUCCGGACUGACCGUCCGUCGCGUAGCCGAAAUGGUCGGCGUCAACACGACCGUUCCGAUGAUGGAUGUGGUCACUCAAGAGCCCCCGAAGGAGCCAUGGACGAUGGGUCGUUUGGCGGACUACUUCGAGAGCCCAGAAAAGGACACCAUCUACAACUGCAUCAGUUGCGAAGUGUCGACAAGUCAGCUUGGAGAAAUGAUCUCCCGUCCCAGGGCUGUGAGAGAGACGGACUUGGCGGACCGAGUUUGGGAUUGCGCUCCCGGGUUCGCGAAACCGACAGUCGGCAAAUACGUCCUGAUGUCCGUCAAAGACUCCUUCACCGAUUUCCAUGUCGACUUUGGCGGUUCGUCAGUCUUCUAUCACAUCUAUGAGGGACAAAAGGUGUUUCUGGUCUUGCCACCAACCGAGAAGGCCUUGAAGACGUACGAAAAAUGGUCUUCGUCGGAAAGCAUGAACUAUACUUUCCUUCCGGACCUGCUUCCGGAUAUCCCAUGCCGCCUCAUCACGUUGAAUAAAGGCGAUACUUUUUUCAUACCGUCGGGCUGGAUCCAUGCAGUGUAUACUCCGGUUGACAGCUUGGUAAUCGGUGGAAACUUCCUCACUCGGGGCUUUUACAUCAACCAGAUGAGAGUCUACAAUAUUGAGGCGGUCACGGGAGUGCCGAAGCAGAUGCGAUAUCCACGCUAUGCAACUCUCAUGUGGGCUGUCAUGUUCAACUAUAUUGAGAAGGACCGGAUGCCGAGGAACAUCGAGAAGGAUAUCCUUACAGCUAUUAUCGGACGAAAGCAUAAACUUCGAUUGUCUCAGAUUCCUUACUCGGUCGAAGAGCUCAAAGGACUUCCCAGUUUGCUGGACUUCCUUCACAGGAACGUUAUGAUUACCCUGGGCGUUAUCACCACGUCGCAGCGACCUGGAGCUACAAGGCUCUCCAAAACGGUUGUGGAUAACGUCAAGAAAGCGGUUCCGUGGCCGGUCAAUCGGAACCCCCUCCUGUACCUCAAACACUUUGCACGUUGGUGUAUCUGGAAGCGGGCUUGUGCCGAUAUCGUUCCGGGUGGCGAGAAGGUUCCCGAUUGGGCGCAAGUGGAAUGGAUGCCUACACCAAUGGGCGGCACGACUGACAUGAAAGUCGAGGAGGCUGAGGGCGACGGGGAGGGUGCUGGCAUCGACGGCGAGACUCCGAGACGUGGAGGGUUGAGGGAGCGUUCAAAGCCGUCUGUCAGUCCUGAAGAUAAUCUCGAGGAUUUCAACUACUUCCCAGAGCGUCUUCUUCCAGUCGUUGCCGGUUUGAAUGGAACUCGGCGAUCUUCAUCGAUGGUGCCAGGGAAGAGGUCGGCUACACCAACCCCUGGACCUUCUUCCUUGAAGAAGCCCAAAACAACUCGACGUAACCGAAAUACUACGCCUGCGCCGUCGUCCGCCAAUUCGAAGAAUCAUCAGGUCGAGUACCUCAAACUCACGGACGGAAGCUUGUAUGUCAAGAAGUUGUCGAACCUCGGCCCGCCUCGUAUCGGCUGCGAGAGUUGCCGACUCAAGAAGACCGGCUGCAAGCAUAAGGACGAGAUUCGCGCACGCGGCUGGUGCGAUGACGACAGAGCCACGACUCUGGAUCCCGAGUCUAGAGUUGAUAUGGACGAGUUCGAUGAUGACGACGAGCCGAUGGAUGACACGCCGAGCAAGCCUGCGCCCGUCAAGGCUUCUCCAGCUGUGGAGAGAGCAGCAUCACCGCUUUUUCCGGCGCCGAAGUUUGCCGCUGCGUCGUCUUCGAUAAGGCUGUCGGUGCCACCGGAGGCGUCGCUAGCUGGUAGACGAAGUCAGACGCCUGCGAAGUCUUCGUGCAAUUCCAAAGCGACUGCUCUCGGCUCCAUGGGGCCGCCAGCGGGCUACAAAGGACGCAAACCUUCGUGUGAAGACUGCAAAGCUCUCAAGAAAAAAUGUCUCCACCAGGACACGUGGAAGCUCGUCCAGGAUAAGCAGGCAGCGGCGGAAUACAAGAAGGUGCUCAAAAAGCAUGGCAUUGAGAACCGCCGCCAGGCGAAGGAGUCGAAGCGGAAGGCGACCGUGGCGCGCCAGAGGGAGGGCGCCGUCACCAAAUCGGUUACGCCAGUGCCAGUGGAGCAAGAAAGCGCCGACAGUGCGGUUCUGCGCGCUCCGCCGUUGCUGGUGCCGAUUCAGCCUGCUCCUCCAAGGCAGUCUAAAACGCCGAUUCCGGUGCCUGGUACGACGAAGGAGCCGGUCGAGGAGACUGUCGUGGAGACAGCUAUGGAGACUGUCGAGGAGCCGGUCAAGGAGGCUGUCAAGGAGGCUGUCAAUGAGGUUGUCAAGGAGGCUGUCAAGGAGCCAGCCAAGAAGCCUGUCAAGGAGUCGGUCAAGGUGACAGUCAAGGAGACAGUCAAGGAGCAAGUCAAGGAACCCGCCGAAGAACCCGUUAAGGAGGAGGAGGAGGACGACGAAGAGCAUAAGGAGGAGGAGCCUGUCAAAGAGCUCUCCCCUAUUGCUAAGUCAGUGCGUGUGAAGCGGCCGCUCAAGCAUGCUUCGCCAGCUCGGCCCUCUUCGAGGAGUAAACGAUCCUCCAACGUUCUUUCCCCCAGUAACGACGUCGCCCGUCUCGAUCUCGAUCUAUCGAUACUGGCGGAGGAACAGCAGUUCACGUCCGGCCAAGGUAGUGUUGAGCCGGCUCUGGAUCCCAGUAUCACGGCGCCUCCCAUCGAGAUCGAGGACACGCCGCCCAAGACGCGCAAGGCGCAGCAGCCCAGGACCAUUCCCGGCGAGUCGUCGCCAACCUCGCCGAGUACAUCGCCAUCCAUGGCACAGAACGACAUUCAACGGGAGUACAUCGCGGCGCUGCAUCAGCGCGCUAAGGUUACGUACACGAACACCAAUAGGAGCAUCAAGCGGAAGGCGGAGGAGGAGAGUCCUGAGCAGCCGGCGACUACUACAUCUAGCAGUCGGCGCGUCAAGAAGGAAGUCGUCGUUGGAGACGGUAAGACUACGUUUGAGAAUCUGAGGCAGCUCAGUCUGGGUCUCAGAGUCAGGGGGCAGAGGGGUGGCGAGGUCUGUUGAGAUGAGAUUGGGGGCAUCUACACAUUGGUUUUUCUUCGUUUUUUUUCUCUUCCUUUCUCGUUGAUUUGAUUUCUUCGUCUUACUGCGUUCGUUCUAUCUAUGGGAGUGUGGAGUUACCGCGCGGAGUGGG